AUGGCGUACGUCACGCUCACGAACAUCACAGUGCUCGAUAACCCGACGGCCUUUACGAACCCGUUCCAAUUCGAAGUCACGUUCGAGUGCGCCCAGCAGCUCGAAGCCGAUCUCGAGUGGAAGAUCACGUACGUCGGUAGCGCUGAAGACGAGAGUCGCGAUCAAGUGCUCGAAGAAGUGCUCGUGGGGCCAGUGCCCGUGGGCACGAACAAGUUUGUGUUCCAGUCGGACCCGCCGAACCCGGACCUGAUUCCAGACGAGGACAAAGUGGGCGUUACCGUGGCGCUCGUCACGUGCUCGUACCGCGGCCGGGAGUUUGUGCGGGUGGGGUACUACGUCAACAAUGACUAUGCCGACCCGUUUUUGCUGGAGAACCCGCCCGCCCACGUCGACAUCUCGAAGCUGCAGCGCAACAUCUUGGCCGAUAAGCCACGGGUCACGCGCUUCCCUAUUGACUGGUCCCCUGCCGGUGCUCAGGACCCGAAUGCUAUGGAAGAUGCCAACAACGUUGCAGCCACGGCUACAGGCUUUGGUGCCAUGCAGACGGGCGGUGGCAACGACCUGGAAAUGGACUUUGUCGAUGACGAGGAGCUCAUGAAAGCCGCGGCUCAGCUUGACCACAAUUAUACGGACAUUGUCAUUGGCGGGAACACGGCCGACGGGAUGGAGGAGGACAUUGACUUGGAGGAAGAGGACGAUGAGGAAGAGGAGGAGGAAGAUGACGAGGCGAGUGCAGUCGAAGAAGCGGAGGAAGAAGAUGCCGAUGGUGACAUGGAGAUGGAAGAUAUUGAGCAGCAAUGA